AUGAAUUACAUGAAAAUGCUAAGGAUUGCAUCAUCCCAUAAGGGAAGAUCAAAUGUGGCAAUAGACAUGCUCGUGAUGGAAAAGCACAGUGGAAAGGGUGGGGAAAGGGUAAUAACAGGAAAAGAAACUGCACAUGGUAGGAAAAAGAGUUUUCAUUUGGACUAUCGAAUGAAUAUGCAAAACUGUAAAACGGAUAAUGAUGGUGAUGAUGCAGUGACAAUCGAAAUAUACAAUAAAAUUAUAGAUGAACACAACCUAGUUAGAGGAAGAAAAACUAGUAGUGGUAUAAGAAAGAAAAGAAAAAAAAAUUUUGAACUUGUGACAAGUGGAAGCAAUACAGUUCCAAAUGAACAAAAGGAAUUACAAAUAAGACAUGAUGAAAAUGAGAAUUGUAAAAAUGAAAUGAACCAUGGUAAUGUUUUAUCCCUAGUAAGAAAAGAACCACUAUGGAAGAAGUUAAAUGAGUCAAAAUUAAGUGGCGGCGAGUUUGUAACAAGUGGAAAUUUGUACAAAAAAGAACAGUUAUGUGAAAAGAAACAGUAUGAUAUGGUAUCAUGCAAGGUUAACCAUUCAGUUGCUAUUGAAGAAAAAAAAAAAGACAUCUCUAUCAAAUGCACACUCGAGAAAAAUGUAAAUAACAUGUUACAAAGGCAGAAAGAAAAUAAAGUAAAUCUAGAUGAAAAGAAAAAAAAUGAUCAUUUUUUUAAAAUUUUUUUUUCUUCCAAAAAAGUGAAAAUAAUAAAGUCACAAAAUCACCCCAUUUUUAUACAUUUAUACAAAUUAGCUACUGAUGGGAAAUAUCGAGAAAAACAAGAAAAAAUAUUGCUAACUAGUAAGAAAAUUAUUUUAGAAAGAGAAAAAAAUCAUAUUACACGAAUUUACACAAACAGUAUUGAUAACCUGAAGGAAUUUCGUUCUUAUGAUAAUUUUAUACUUUUGUCUAAUAAAUUGUUAAAAAAACUUUCCUUUUUAUAUUCUUUUAAAAAUGGAGUUUUGGCAGAAGUAGCGCAUACAUUCCAUUACGACGAUGUAGGAUUGCCUCACUUGGCCUUUUGCUUCUACAAUAUUAAUGUUGAUGAUAGUCACAUGGAGGUAGGUUCUAGACACAAGAAUGAUUAUUCAGAUGAACUGGAACAACAUACCCAUAAGGAUGUCAGCUUAUCAUGCACACAAAAUCGAAGGUACAAACAAACCUCCGUGCAUAUGCACAAGAGUGAUUUACAAUUUUUAUGUAACGGUGAUAUUGGAACGAUCAUAAGGAGUUGUUUCUUGUUAAAAUGGCAAUGUAUUUUCAAUAUAAAUGAUUUGAAUCAUAUGAAAAAGUGGGGGAAAAGCGAGGGAAAAAGAGAUGAAAAAAAGGAGGUUAGUAGUAAUAAAAGGGAUACUACUACAAACGGAAAAAAUGUUCCUACCCAUAAUCAUGUGACUAAUCCCAAAAAAAUAGACAUAAACAGCAUUUAUAAUAUUGAUUUUUUCCACCCACUCACUAUAAGAGCAUCAGGAGGAUAUGUGUUAGACAUACCAUAUAAAAACAUACAACUAGCUGAUCUGCACAAAUAUGCAAGAGAAAAUAAAAUACUUCUGUUAAAAUAUAGUAGCGAUAGUGAUUUAUGCAUCCAUUAUGAGAAGAAAUGCUUAGAGCAAGAUAAGCCAUUUUUAAAUUUAUUAAAUAAAGCAAAGGGGAUAUUUCUCAUACUUGACAACUGUAACAAUAUAGAGAAGAAAUAUAAAUCAAUACAUUCUAAUUUUGUUCAUAUUGGACCCAGUAAUAAUAUAUUAAAUAAUAGUACAGAUGAAAAUACAUUUGAUCAUAUUUACUAUGUAAAUUUGAAAAAUAACCGUGAAAGGCCCUUAGACAUGAUCUCUGCGUAUACAAUAUUUAUGUAUAUUUUGAAAGCAAACUUUUUUCGCCACAUUCCCCAGUCCUCCUACGUGUGCAUUACAUGA